GUCUAACGGGGGAGAAGAAGGAGGACCGUUCCUGACCUGUUCCUCCGCUGUCAGUGUACAGCUCCUCCGCAGCGUUCAGUCUCACCAUCCAGACGGAUUUGGACCUGAAACAUUUGUUUGAACUUAUAAAGGAUGUCUCGGGAGCAGCAGCUCGUGGCUCAAGCCAGGAAAGCCUUUGAGUCUGGCAGGUCCAGACCUCUGGAGUACCGGAUCUACCAACUAAAGAACCUGAAGCGUUUAUUCACAGAAAGGCAGAAGGAGAUUGCAGAUGCUAUCAAUAAAGACCUAAACAGGAGCGAAGUGGGAACUCAGAUGUUUGAGACUCUGGGUCUGGAGGGAGAGAUUAACCUGAUCAUCAGGAAGCUGAAGGAAUGGGCGGCGCCGCGGCCCGUCGAGAAGAACCUGAUGACGCUCUCGGACACCGUCUACAUCCAGCCAGAGCCUCUGGGGGUGGUGCUGAUCAUCGGGGCCUGGAACUACCCCUGGGCCGUCACCAUCCAGCCGCUCAUCGGAGCCAUCGCAGCCGGUAACGCGGCCGUGGUGAAGCCCUCGGAGGUCUGCGUUCACACGGCCAAGGUCAUGGAAAACCUGCUGCCGCUUUACAUCGACAAAGAGCUCUACCCCGUCGUGACCGGAGGAGUCCCAGAGACUCAGGAGCUGCUGCGACAGAGAUUCGAUCACAUCUUCUACACCGGCAACAGCACGGUGGGCAAAAUCAUCAUGGAGGCUGCAGCCAAACACCUGACGCCCGUCACCCUGGAGCUGGGCGGCAAAAGCCCCUGCUACAUCGACAAGACUUGUGAUUUAAGCAUAGCCUGCAGACGCAUCGCCUGGGGAAAAUACACCAACUGUGGCCAGACCUGCAUCGCCCCAGACUACAUCCUCUGUGAGCCCAGCAUUCAGGACCGGGUCAUCGAGGAGGUCAAGAAGUCCAUUAAGGGGUUCUACACGGCGGACCCAAAGACGUGUCCUGACUAUGGACGCAUCAUCAACCAGCGGCAUUUCAAGCGGAUCCUGACCCUCCUUGAGGACAGCACGGUAGCUGCAGGAGGAGAAAACGACGAGUCCGGCUGCUACAUCGCGCCGACGGUCCUGCGGGAUGUGAAGCCUGAGGCGAAGGUGAUGCAGGAGGAGAUAUUUGGACCUCUGCUCCCCAUCCUGCCCAUCAGCGGCCUGGAUGAAGCCAUCAAGUUCAUCAACAAAGGAGAGAAACCUUUGGCUUUGUACGUCUUCUCCUCAGAUGAGAAGGUGAUAAACAGAAUGAGAGACGAGACCUCCAGUGGAGGAUUUCUGGCCAACGACUGUCUUGUUCACUUUUCUAUCAGCUCUCUGCCUUUCGGAGGAGUCGGAAACAGCGGUAUGGGCUGCUACCACGGCAAGUUCAGCUUCGACCAGCUGAGCCACCUGCGUGGCUGUCUCGUCAAAAAGCUGAAGAUGGAGGGGGUGAACAACAUGCGCUAUCCUCCUCACACACCCAAGAAGCUGGGCUGGGCUCGCUUCUUCAUCCUGAAGACCGCCGAUUUGGGCUGGGUGGGUCGGAUGAUGCUUCUGGCUGUUCUGGCGGCGGUGGCUGCUGUCGUGCUACAGAAAUACCUCCGGUGAACUUUCGGCACCACACGUCCAGUUUGUCGUCAUCUUCGUUCGGCCUGACGGGAGGAAGAAGCCGUACUAAUCCAACAAUCACUCAAAAAAGUAAAAUCAGCCUCUUCAGUAUUCCAGAGGUGAUCGUUGUCUGUUGCCUUAAUCCAUUAAAUAUUUCUGUAUCUAGAGUGUCACGGAGCUGAGCGCAGGAAAAGAAACACUUUAUUCUAACGCUCUUAUACAUUUCUACUCACACAGUUUUGUUGUGGUUAACCUGUUAGCUCAGGUUUACAUAAGAAGCACGUUUCAUACAAACCUAGAACCGUAGUUCUAAUUAAGUGACUGAAUCUGUUAUUUCCUUUUAAAAUUACUUUAGAUUUUUAUGUUGAAGGAACAAUGAAUGUUUACAAAAGAGGCUGCAGAGAGGAUUUUAGAUUUAGCCACCGCUCGUUUGAAACUUUUCAUUUCUUCAGUCAGUUUUGCUCUUUUCCUCAAAUUCAUUUCAAAACCAAACAUGAUCAUGUGAAGGAUUUUGUUUUAUAAAUAAUACUUUUGUGGUAUUAUGGAAUGUUUAGUGUACGUUUAAUCUAAGGUAAAAAUAUGUAUUUUAUCCUACCUUUAACAUUUCAAAGUCUUGUAACUAAUAAUUAUGUGUAUGCAUUUUUUAAAUUAUUAGCAAAAGAAAUUAAUUCCUAAUUGUG